CUCAGGUGAAGGUGAUUAAAGAGUGUGCGUUGCUGCUUUCCCUCGCAGUGCUGCAGUCCAGGUCGGACAGGUGCACAUGGGUGGAUGGUUGCACGUUCAUAGCGCGUGCGGACUCCUUGCAGACCAUAUAAGCCUGUUUUAUUUGACUUAAUUCCAUAUUGGUGCAAGUUAAACGAUGAAUUACUGUUCGGUUAUUAGUAUUACCAGAUCCAUAUUAGGACGGUAGUGAAGCCACUUAUUCUUACGAGCUGACGGCAUGGUUCAGUCAAAGACUGAGCGUGUUCUCAGCUGAAGGAUAAUCAAAGAGUCUGCAUCUGCUUGCUGCUGGGCCUGAAGAUACACACUUCUCACGCUCAGAUUCUGUGUGCUCAACAAAUUGAGUGCAAUUGAGGCUGUGCUUGGACCCAGGUCUGUGUGUUAAACAUGGGAGACCAGAGAUCAGUCCAGCCCCUCCUGCUCCUGCUGCUGCUCCUGAUGCUCCUCGCCAGGCUGUCACAGCUGUGGGCCUUCCCCUUCAGCCCGUCCCUGGACCUGGACGUCACUCCCAGGACUACUGUUUUCUCCAAAGGUCUGUUGGGCAGCGCCUGUUUCACUGGCUCGUCCCAGAACUACAGCACCCUCCUGCUGGAGGAAGAGGCCGGGCUACUGUACGUGGGAGGCAGAGGAGCUCUGUACGCACUCAACACCACCAACAUCUCCACACCUGCAAACCUCACAAUUGAUUGGGAUGCUUCUCCUGAACAGAAGAAGCAGUGUCUAAACAAAGGCAGAGACAAUCAGACAGAGUGUUACAAUCACAUCCGCUUUCUGCAGCGAUACAAUGAGACUCACCUGUACAUCUGCGGAACAAACGCCUUCAGACCUCUUUGUGCUUAUAUAGAUGCAGAGCGGUUCAGCUUCUCCUCAGGCCUUGAGGAUGGCAGAGACAGGUGUCCAUAUGACCCAGCAAAGGGAUACACUGGCCUCCUCAUAGAUGGUGAGAUGUUCACAGCCUCUCAGUACGAGUUUCGCAGCUCUCCAGAUGUGCGCAGAAACUUCCCCUUCCCCACGCUCAGGACGGAGGAGGCCCCCACACGGUGGCUUCUGGAGGCAGAUUUUGUGGGCUCUGUGCUGCUGAAGGAGAGCAUCAACAGCUCUAUCGGUGAUGAUGACAAGAUUUACUUCUUCUUCACGGAGAGAAGCCAGGAGCAGAUUGCCUACCCGAGCCAGACCAAGGUGUCCAGGAUUGCCCGAGUCUGCAAGACUGACUGGGGUGGCCAGAGGACCCUGCAGAGGAAGUGGACCUCCUUCCUCAAGGCCAGAAUGGUGUGUUCAGUCCCAGAAUAUGAGCUGCACCUCAAUAUCUUGCGCAGUGUGUUUGUCCUGCAGGGUCGAGACACUCAAAGCAGCAUUUUCUAUGGUGUCUUUGGCCUGGAAUGGAAGAAUAUCAAAGCAUCUGCUAUCUGCCAGUACGCCUUCUCAGAUGUGCAGAGGGCUUUCGAGGGGCCGUACAUGGAGGUGCAGGACUCAAAGUGGAGAGAGUACACAGGGAAAGUUCCAGAGCCAAGACCUGGAUCUUGUAUAACAGAUCUGCACAGGUCCCAGGGCAUCAACUCAUCUCGAGACCUCCCAGACAAUGUCCUCACUUUCGCCAGAAGGCACCCACUGAUGGCCAGCCAGGUGCACCCAAUAGGGGUGCGCCCACUCAUGUUCAAGAGGAGCGUCAACUAUGUCAAGAUAGCCGUGCACAAGGAGCCGGCGCUGGAUGGAAACAUUUAUACUAUUCUGUUUUUGGGAACUGAUGAUGGGUGGCUGCACAGAGCUGUAGACAUCAAUGGAGAAAUGCAUAUCAUAGAAGAGUUGCAGUUGUUUGAUAAACCCCAGCCCAUAGAGAGCAUGGUCAUAUCCUCUGCUCUGCGGAGUAUCUAUGUUGGCUCCCACUCUGGAGUCGUGCAGGUACCGAUGUCAGCCUGUCAGAGGUACACGUCCUGUUAUGACUGCGUAUUUGCCAGAGAUCCGUUCUGUGGCUGGGACGGGAGGGUGUGUGUGGACAUAUCUUCACGUGCACACAGGUCAAAUCUAACCCAGGAUAUCUUGAGAGGGAUCAGGGGCUGUAAGGAGAAUUCAGGAAAUGUGGUGCAUCGGAAGCGUUCUGUGAUGUCGGGUGACGAUGUGCUACUCCAGUGCGAACUACGCUCCAACCUGGCAACUCCGCGCUGGACGCUAAACGGCAAAGAACUCCAGGGAUACGGCCUCAAUACGGGCUACCGUAUCGGCACAGAUGGCCUCCUCAUAAUCAGAGCUCGAGCCCAACAAAGCGGGUCAUAUCGCUGCUUUGCUGUCGAGAACUCCGUCUCAGUCCUGGUUUAUCUUUACACAGUCAGGGUGCACACAGACUCGUACUUCCCCGUGGAGCCCACAGCCACAACUAACCCCACUACAGUCUCCAGCCCGACUGUUUUCUCUACCAGCAGCCCCACUGAGCAGCCUCUGCCCUCACCUCCCGCCCCACUGCCUCCAGGACCUGAGUUCCAGACCUACAGACACAUGGAGGCUGUGUACAUUUCCCUGGUGGCUGUUCUUGGAGGGCUUUGCUUGGUGUUGACUGUGGUGCUGUUUUAUGUGAGCUUUUGCACAAGACGGGCCCCUCACAACCGAAAGUUCUCCCAGCAGGGACUGCAGGUCCUGGGGGCCUCUGAGAGAAAGAGGAGCUCCCAUCUUGAACUUAAAACCAUCUCCAGCCACUGCAAUGGCCGGCAGGGUCGUCGGUCCAUCUCGGUGCCAACCUUCGGGGACAUGGGUGAUGGCUUCCUCCAGAUAGUUCCAGGUGAGGGCCAGAUGUCUCCAAGCAAAACGCCUCCUCCAGCCCCUCCUCUUCCUAUGCCACCUCCACUGCCCAACAUGGACUACGCCAACGGGCUGUCAGCCACUCUGCCCAGCGUGCUGAGGAAGAUGAACGGGAACAGCUACGUGCUGCUGAGGCAGGCCGACCCCGAGGGCAUGUCGCCCCUCUACCACUCCUUCACAGAGGAGCUUAACAGGAUCCUGGAGAAGAGGAAACACACACAGCUGGACCUGAUGCAGCCUGAUGAGAGCUCCAUCUAGGAUGCCCCUCUCAGUCUUUGUCCCACAGUUAUUUAUUUUCACCCCAACGGCGACCCGUAGUUGUGGGGAGACCUGACUGUUGUAUCAAACGCUGCUGUUAUUUAUCCAGUGUCAGAGUACCUGCAGGCCGUGUCCUAACCUGAUCUGAAAUGUGCAGCCUCCUGUGUCUCCGAUGACAAAUGGCCCAUGAUUUCACUUCAACAAUGGACUACACUAACCAGAGACUGCUAUUCAAAAAGUGGAGCUGUGAAAAAUUUGGCCAUAGACUGCACUGUUACAAAAUUACCAUGAGUAGGGAUCUUAAUGAUGCUACCUCGGUGUAGACUCUCUGGAGGUUUGUGAAAGAUGGUGGUCAGAUGACACAAAAAGGCAAAGGUGCAAAAUAGGACAUGAGGUGAUCACAUAUUUUUGAGACUGCGGAAAAGUGUUCAGGAAGUUUUUAGUGCCAUGUAAUAUUACCCCUCUAUGGAGCUUAAAGCGAUACUCCACCCAAAACCUAUCUGUUACCUUCCACCUAACAUGCCCGCAACCUCAGAGUCUGGCCCUAUGUGUUACAAGUUUGACAUGAGGCUGUUCCUGUUCCCUUGUCUGGGGGAGAACUGGUUUGACUCACCCAUAGUCGCAGGACUGGACUCCGUAUCACCAAAGCCACGCAAAGUUAAUAAGGAGGUAUACUCACCCGGCCCCACCCCUACCCCAAAUGUGUGACCAAGGCACUAAUCUACCAAACUAAAGGACUACUAAAAGACUCAUCAUAACACUAUCUGUUUUUAAACAAGCAUAUGUAAGCAUUCAACAAGCAUAUGGACAGAGAAGAUUAUGCUACAAGACGUUUCAUGUUUUGAACCACUUUUUUUUUUACAGUGAAAACAAUUCACGAAAUCCAUUGUAGGGCUGCAACUAAUGAUUGUUUUCAUGAUCAAUGAAAUUAAUCUGACAAUUAUUUUUUCAAUUCAUUAUGAAAUUAAUCUAAACAAAAUGUCAGAAAAUAGUGAAGAAUGCCCAUCACAAUUUCCCAUGUCUUCAAAUCGGUGGUAUUGUUGACCAACAGCUUAAAUAUCCAGCAAAUCUUCACAUUUGAGAAUCUGAAACCAGCAAGUGUUUGGCAUUUUUGCUUCAUAAAUGCCAAUUAAUCAACUAAUUGUCAUGAAUUCAAUCUGACUACAAUUCUUUGUUCUCUAUGAAGGAACAAACUACAGUCCUUUUACAUCCACCUUUCAAGCUCACAGGGCGUGCCUGUUUGAUAUUAUAGAUUUUAUGUGGAGUAUCACUUUACAGUAAGAAGCCAGUUCUCUUACAAUGUAUGAGAGCUCAGGUGGUAAGACAAAUCAUACAUUUCAGUUUAUUUAAACCACUCAUUUUACAUUGUUUUCAUGUAAAUUGCAAUAAUUACAUCACUGUUGCAGCUGUUAGUAGCAAUGUGUUGUGGCAGUGCCAAUGGAAACACCUGUAGCAAACUGUGAAACAGUUUGGGUUUCUUUUUCCUGGUGUCUUUCUGUUUUUAGCAUCUGUGUGAGAGAAGAGAUACAGUUGUGUGAAAGGCAGCUUGACUAGUCUGUUAAAGACCAAUAAAGGAGUCAGUUAGUUUGUAGCCAGACUGAUUGAAUUCACUGAAGACAACAGACUGGCUUCAGGGCCCAGGAGGCUGAGAGGAAACCACAACACACACAAAACAAACGGAAGAGAUACUGUAAAGAAAAUGCUUAUUUGCUGUUUUUUAUACAGCUAAACAUACAUAGACUUUGUCAAACUGAAGCCCUGUUUUUGGAUGAUCAGACAUCAAGACUAGUUUCAUGCCAACUAUUUCAAAGACAGAUGAAAACACUGGAUUUUUUCAAAACAAUGUUACAAAUAGACAACAUGGUUUUCAUCUAGUGUGAAAUACAGACAGGUUUGUGUUUGUCCUCUGCUGUGAAAAACCAGCUGGUGGCACGUCGUUGAAUAAGAGUAGAGAAGACCUUCACACAUGCAACCCACUAAGGCAUCCUCUGUUUACCUGACAUCAGAGCAAUGCCAAAACAACAAGAGCUGCAGAGCCUACAGUAUUUCCUUGGAAAGGUGAAAAGCACUAUGAUUAAAUAGCACAUAUAUAAAGAGGGAAGUGACUGAAAUGAAUCUGAGUGGUUUGUAAAUGUGUCACGGACAGUGGUAAAUAAAGACUUGUCUUUCCA